GAUAAUCACAAAAACAAUAUGUAAUUAUACAUGUGUUUUCAGAUGGUCUUAGGCGACCCCUGUGAAAGGGUAGUUCGACCCCCAAAGGGGUCGCGACCCACAGGUUGAGAACCGCUGCAGUAAGGUUAAUGGCUCUUUCCUGUAUUUAGCCACAAGACCAAUGUUAGAUGUGUUGUACUAUAAAAUGCGAGCAUUAAAAGGAAGCUAGUGUGGCCCUGGCUGGUGUGGCUCAGUUGGGCACUGACCCAUGCACCAACAGGUCACAGGUUUGAUUCCUGGUCAGGACACAUGCCUGGGUUUGGGGCUCCAUGCCCAGUAGGGGGCGUGCAGGAGUCAGCCAAUUGAUUGUUCUCUCAUCCAUGUUUCCCUUUUCCUUACCUUCCUCUCUAAAAUAAAAUCAUAUUUCUAAGAAGCGAAUGUGUGUGGGAGUAUGUGGGAAAUACUAAAUUAGGCCUUGGGAUGAGGGAAAUGGGGUGGGAAGUGAAGAAUGAGGCAAACUAAUGGUCAUUGGUGAGCCAUAAAUUCCGUUCAAGUGAUAACCUGCAGGUUGAGGAGGGCUGUACUUCAGAUUAAGCUCAUAACCAAAUCUUGUGGGAGGUGAUGGGAUUGGAAACCACUGGGAGUACUUUCUUAGGAGCAGAUGGGGAAAGACAUGCGGGUGUGGAAAGCUGCAGUCCUGGGCGCCUGCGCCCUGCUUCUCUGCGCCUGCGCGCUGCUCUACGCCUGCACCCUGCGGCUCUGCGCCUGCGCGCUGCCCUCCCGCCUCUUCCUGCGUCGCUUCUGUCCCUGAGCCACGUUGUUCCGUCCGAGGGCGAAGGGCCUUUCCAGAAUCUCCCGGUGCCAGCGGAGUGUGAGGAUGCUGAGGCCGGAGAUCUCAUCCACCUCGCCUUCCGUCCCUGCGGCUUCCCAGUCAUCCGCGGAGCCUUGGUCACAAGGGCCCCGCUACAAUUUCGGACUCCAGGAGACCCCUCAGAGCCUCCCUUCAGCCAAGGCCUCUGCCUCCACCCCUUGGGGCACGUCCGGGGCCGCGGGCGACCGGAGCAGCAGCAGCAGCCUCCCGGGGCCUGUGCCCAGCGCCCUGCUGGCUCCCCGUUCAUACUUUGAAAACAAAAGAUCCUAUGCAGAAAAUACAUUUGCAUCAGAUUUUAAUUUUGGAACAAGCUCAUCUUCUACACGAGACAAUAAUUAUCCUCAAACACUAAAGACUCCAUUGUCUGCUGGAAAUCCACAGAGAUCAGGAUAUAAAAGUUGGACACCGCAAAUGGGAUAUUCAGCUACAUCUUCAUCUGCAGUUUCUGUACACUCCCCAUCAGUUAUUGUAGCUGUUGUAGAAGGGAGAGGACUUGCCAGAGGAGAAAUAGGAAUGGCAAGUAUUGAUUUAAAAAGCCCACAAAUUAUAUUAUCUCAGUUUGCAGACAACACAACAUAUGCAAAGGUGAUCACUAAACUCAAAAUUUUAUCACCUUUGGAAAUAAUAAUGUCAAAUACUGCUUGUGUUGUGGGGAAUUCAACUAAGUUGUUUACUCUGAUCACAGAAAAUUUCAAGAAUGUAAAUUUCACUACAGUCCAAAGGAAAUACUUCAAUGAAACAAAAGGAUUAGAGUACAUUGAACAGUUAUGCAUCGCAGAAUUCAGCACUGUCCUGAUGGAGGUUCAGUCCAAGUAUUACUGCCUUGCAGCUGUGGCAGCUUUAUUAAAAUAUGUUGAAUUUAUUCAAAAUUCAGUUUAUGCACCAAAAUCGCUGAAGAUUUGUUUCCAAGGUAGUGAACAGACAGCCAUGAUAGAUUCAUCAUCAGCCCAAAAUCUUGAAUUACUAGUUAAUAUUCAAGACUCUAGGAAUAAUCACACUCUCUUUGGUGUUCUAAAUUACACUAAGACUCCUGGAGGGAGUAGAAGACUUCGAUCUAAUAUCUUAGAACCUCUAGUUGAUAUUGAAACCAUUAACAUGAGGUUAGAUUGUGUUCAAGAACUACUUCAAGAUGAGGAACUCUUCUUCGGACUUCAGUCAGUUAUAGCAAGAUUUCUUGAUACAGAGCAGCUUCUUUCUGUUUUAGUCCAAAUUCCAAAGCAAGACACGGUUAAUGCAGCUGAAUCAAAGAUAACAAAUUUAAUAUACCUAAAACAUACCUUGGAACUUGUGGAUCCUUUAAAGAUUGCUCUGAAGAACUGUAAUACACCUUUAUUAAGAGCUUACUAUGGUUCCUUGGAAGAUAAGAGGUUUGGAAUCAUACUUGAAAAGAUUAAAACAGUAAUUAAUGAUGAUGCAAGGUACAUGAAAGGAUGCCUGAACAUGAGGACUCAAAAGUGCUAUGCAGUGAGGUCUAAUAUAAAUGAAUUUCUGGACAUAGCUAGAAGAACAUAUACAGAGAUUGUAGAUGACAUAGCAGGAAUGAUAUCGCAGCUAGCAGAAAAAUAUAGUCUUCCUUUAAGGACAAGUUUUAGCUCUGCUAGAGGAUUUUUCAUUCAGAUGACUGUAGAUUGUGCAGCCCUACCCAAUGAUCAACUUCCUUCAGAGUUUAUUAAGAUCUCUAAAGUGAAAAAUUCUUAUAGCUUUACAUCAGCAGAUUUAAUUAAAAUGAAUGAAAGAUGCCAAGAGUCUUUGAGAGAAAUCUAUCAUAUGACUUAUAUGAUAGUGUGCAAACUGCUUAGUGAAAUUUAUGAACAUAUUCAUUGUUUAUAUAAAUUGUCUGACACUGUGUCAAUGCUGGAUAUGCUACUGUCAUUUGCUCAUGCCUGCACUCUUUCUGACUAUGUUCGGCCAGAGUUUACUGAUACUUUAGCAAUCAAACAAGGAUGGCAUCCCAUUCUUGAAAGAAUAUCUGUGGAAAAACCUGUUGCCAACAAUACCUAUAUUACAGAAGGGAGUAAUUUUUUGAUAGUUACUGGACCAAAUAUGAGUGGGAAAUCCACAUAUUUAAAACAGAUUGCACUUUGUCAGAUCAUGGCCCAGAUUGGAUCAUAUGUUCCAGCAGAAUAUUCUUCCUUUAGAAUUGCUGAACAGAUUUUUACAAGAAUCAGUACUGAUGAUGAUAUAGAAACAAAUUCAUCAACUUUUAUGAAGGAAAUGAAAGAGAUAGCAUAUAUUCUCCAUAAUGUUAAUGACAAAUCACUAAUAUUAAUUGAUGAACUUGGCAGAGGUACUAAUACAGAAGAAGGUAUUGGCAUUUGUUAUGCUGUUUGUGAAUAUCUGCUGAGCUUAAAGGCAUUCACACUGUUUGCCACACAUUUCUUGGAAUUAUGCCAUAUAGAUGCCAUGUAUCCUAAUGUAGAAAACAUGCAUUUUGAAGUUCAACAUGUAAAGAAUACCUCAAGAAAUAAAGAAGCAAUUUUGUAUACGUACAAACUCUCUAAGGGAUUCACAGAAGAAAAAAAUUAUGGAUUAAAAGCUGCAGAGGUGUCAUCACUCCCACCAUCAAUUGUCUUGGAUGCCAAAGAAAUCACAACUCAAAUUACCAGACAAAUUUUGCAAUAUCAAAGAAGUACUCCUGAGAUGGAGAGACAGAGAGCGGUGUACCAUCUAGCUACUAGGCUAGUUCAAACUGCUCGAAACUCUCGGUUGGAUCCAGACAGUUUACGAACAUAUUUAAGUAAUCUCAAAAAGAAGUACGAAGCAGAGUUUCCCAAGGCUGAGCAAGUUUCAGGAAGGACUGAAGAAGAAUAA